AUGAAUGCAGCUGCGGUGCCAGCGCCAGAUGUCUCGGACGCUGCGCUUGAGUUGGCUGCUCUUGAGGGCUUAGCUCCAAAAAAUGACUCAGAGUUGCCAACUGUGGCCCCGGACCAAGCGAAGUCAGAGGAUGCUGCUUCUGACGGCGCAGGGUCGCGCAGCCUGUGCAGCCGUUUGUGCUUGCGUCCAUGCCGGUCGCCGUUGCUGUACUUCACACGUUUGCACAAGGAGUUUGGUGGUUCUUUGCUUUUAUGCCUGAUGUCAAACUAUUUGUUUCUGAAGGGCGCAGCCUACCACAUGGCAAUAGCCGCCUCAACCCCUGUUUUUCGGGAGGUCCUGAAGCUACCGGCUGAGCAGCACAGUGUGGCGACGGCGCUCUUCAUGAUCCCUUGGAGUGUCAAGGGCAUUGUGGGUUCCGUUUCGGAUUUGUUUGCUCUAGGAGGAUAUCAUAAAAGGUCCUACAUGCUGCUUGCCUCGUGCAGCGGCGUCAUAGGGUCUAUACUACUGAUAGCCUCUGCCGGCCGUUUGACCAUGGGCAUAGCGGUGGCAGGCUUCUUUUUAAUCAUGGUGCAGGCGAGCUUUAACGACUUGUUGUGCGAGGGUUCAUACACCCGGAGAAUGGCGGAGAAGCCCCACACGGGAGCUGCCCUUACUUCUUUCGUUUGGCUUUGUUCCUCUAUAGGCACAUUUGCACAGGCGGUGUGGGUCGGUCCUGUGGUUGACCACCUUCCCUUUCAAGUCGUUUUGGCUCCCUUCCUGCCUCUCUGCACCCAGCAGCUCUUUCUCCUCGUUUGGCCCUGGCCAUUCAGGGCCUGGCACACGCACGCGGGAGUUGUGGGCGAGGCGUAUAUCCCCAAAGAUGACAGAUUCAAGAGUUUCCUGCUGUCUGAGCACGGGCGCUUGUUCGCAUGCGCGUUGUGUCUGACGGUGUGUGCAUUUGGCUCGAUGGUAGCGGGUUUAUUGAGCGACAAGAUGCACAUAGUGGGGAUAAGCUACUGGUUUUGUUCCGGAGUUUGCAUAACGACGACGGUGGUGUGUACGAUGCCUUCACACCUGGCGAAGCCCGUGCUGUACAUGUUUUUGGGCCGCAUGUUGGUGCCAAACAUUUCGUCUCAGUUUUCCUACUGGCUGCGUGCGGGCCCAGAUUGCGUUGAGGACGGGCCUCAGUUCAGCUGGAGUUACUUGCUGACGUGGAACGCAUUGGCACAGUCCAUCUUUGCUUUCGUGGGCGUGGCCUUGUUUCAGCGUUUCGUUUCGCGCUGGACCUUUCGCCGCGCCUUCCUGGUGACUUCCGUGCUGCAGCAGAUGACUUGCAUUCUUGACAUCGCGAUGGUGAUGCGAUGGAACCGCAAGAUAGGGAUUCCUGACAAAGCCUGGUACUUCUGUUCGGCCUCCAUCAUUGAGGAGGUCGCCUCGAUGUGGGCCUUCAUGCCGGGCUGCGUCUUGAUUUCGCGACUUUGCCCUAAAGACAUCGAAAGCACAAUGUAUGCAGUCGUUGCUGGGUUGCAGAACUUCGCCCAGUCCAUGUCCAAGUUGAGCGGCAACUUCUUGUGUUUCACCCUCUUGGGCAUUCGAACCCUUGCCACCAGCGAGGCAACCAAGUGUGACUUUAGCAAUCUGCCCCUCGGCAUCGGCCUCGCUAUGGGCAUCUGCCCUUUCCUACCCAUCUCCCUCACCUUCUGGCUAGUCCCCAACAUCUUCAUGGACCAGGCUGUCACUCCAGCCACAACGUCCGGGCCAGCCAGGAGAACGCGUGGGGAAGCAGCAGAGGAAACUCAGGAAAAUUCUGCGGCAGCUGCAGCUGCUGUUCCGUCUUUAGGCGACCGGGAUGCCGUCGCUGCUGCUGCUGCAGAUAUGGAGCAGCAGGCAGCUGCAGCAAGCACAGGAGCACCGCCAAGUGGGGUUACAGAAGCAGCAGAGGACACUACAACCCCUCCCACGCCAGCCAGUGACGAUACUGGUGCUCCACCAGAAGUGCAAGUAUCAACAGAAGUAGUACCAGCAGCAACAGCGGAGGCGAAAGACGCAGCACCAGUCCCAGCGCCAGCCGAUACAGAGGCAGAAGCUGCAGCCGCACAGCCAGCAGGACCACCUGCUGCAAGCGUAGCCGAGAAGAGCAAACAGGACGAUAUACGGGACGAAGAAGGUGCUGCAGCCGCUGUUGCAGCAUCACCACCAGAAGGCACACCUGGAGGCAGCGCAACAAGGGAAGCGGAUACCGAGCAGCAGCAGCAACAACAGUAG